AGCAUGCAAUAUGCGCAUCGAAACGUGUUAUUUUUGUUCAUCUCGAAUUUUUCCAGGGCAUGGAAUACAGUUUGUAAGAAAUGAUUGUAAGAUAUUUAAAUUUUGUCGGUCAAAAUGUCAUGCUGCAUUCAAGAAGAAGAAAAAUCCAAGAAAAGUCAAAUGGACUAAAGCAUAUAGGAAAACAGUUGGUAAAGAACUGGUAGUGGAUCCAUCAUUUGAAUUUGAAAAAAGAAGAAAUAUUCCAGUUAAAUAUAAUAGAGAAUUAUGGAAUAAUGCAAUUGAAGCAAUAAAGAAAGUAGAAAUGAUCAAAGACAGGAGACAAAAUCUACAUAUAAUGCAGCGAUUACGUAAAGGACGUGAAAUAGAACAAGAAAGAGAUAUCAAAGAAGUUCAGCGUGAUUUGUCACUUGUGAGAUCACCCGCUGUAGGUCUCAAAGGAAGAAAGAAACUAGAAGAACAAGCAGAAGAAGAAAAGAUGCAAGAGUCUAGCGAUGAACAAAAAGAAGAAGAAAUGGAAGCAAAUUAAUAUUAUUCAUUAUAUGAAGAUUACAUUCAUUUGUAACACAAUAUGGUAACUUGCAUAAAAAUAUGUGAUUACAUUUAUGAAUGCACAUAUUACACCUGAUUGUGA